AUGGCCAUCCCCCCAUUUAGAACCGUCGCCGUCUUUGGCGCCACUGGCCAGGUGGGAAGUGCUGUUCUCCAGGCUCUGGUCCACUGCAAGGAACAAUCCUUCGAUAUAAUUGCCUUUGUCUCCCCUACCUCAGCCCUCGAAGUGAAGGGUGAACUGAGCCGAGUCGAUGUCAAGCGGAUCGACCUACUUAAGGCCACCGAGGAGGAGCUGGCCGGCGCCCUGCAGGGAGCCGAUGUAGUGGUCAGCGCCCUUGGAGGCUCUACACUACACAAACAACGACUCAUCCAAGAUGCGGCCGCAAUCGCUGGAGUCCGCCGUUUUUAUCCCAGCGAGUUUGGUAUGCGUCAGGUUGCAUGGCUUCCGGGUCCAGAAGCCUAUGUCCAUCCGGUCUGGGCCCUCAAAAUGAAAACUGUUGAGGAGGCGAUGAAACACCCCGCGAUCAAAGCCGGGAGAAUGUCCUAUACGAUUGUGGGCUGCGGAGAAUUCUACGAUGUGCCCAAGGAACCCCUUCUCUGUCCCUGGCUCAACCCGAAUGCAAACGACUACGUGAUCCAGGCAGUGGGCAAUCCUGAGGCCAAGAUGGACUACAGUUCGGUCCAUGAUUUGGCCGCCUUCCUGGUCGCCUCGCUCUGCCACCCAAACCUGUCGGAGAAUCAGGACCUCGGGUUCUGCAGCGACCACAUCAGCUACAGUGAGAUUGCCUCUCUGCUACAGAAGCAUUCAGGGAAGCCGGUACGGCUGAACAUCACCUCGCCGUGUCAGAUGCGGGCCAUCUUGAAGAAUCCUUCGUCAGCACCCAAGGAGCUGCAGACGGGCAGUUCUUUUCCCGUGGACUUUUGGAUGCUUCUGCGGCAUGUUCAGGGACUAGGAGACUUCUGGAGACCCCCAGGGAAGCUACACAAUAAUUGGUUCCCUAGUGUGAGACCAGUCUCAUUUGAUGAGUAUUUUGCUCAGUUAUUCAAGACAUCCAAAGACGUAUAG